CAACUGGCUGGGCAGCCUGUGGGGUUCGUGACGCAGCGUCUGAAUUCUUAGGAGGCCGGGAGGGGCUUUGAGGGGAGGGGGCUCUUCCAUUUUUCUUCCCUCUCCCCUCCCCUCUCCCUUCUCUCUAUCUCUUGCUCUCCCAUCACCUUCCCCUCAGGAGAAAGGCCGAGGGGAGGGGAAAAGGCCCCUGAGGCAAAACAGCACAACGGACGAGAGCGAGCAAGCCCCAAGACCCGGCGGAGCGGAGCAGGACCUCGCCGGCCCCGUCUCCCCUCCCCGCUAUGAAACUUCCCAGCCCCCCCUGCUCGCCACGGCCUCGUCUCUUCAGAUGCGCCUUGGGCAUCCUUUUGACCCUUGAGGUCGGAAUCUGCGCGCUUCCCCCAGACUCUGGGAUAUUUCUCAUCUAUAGCAGUGGCCUGCAGGGCUGCUUGGAGACAAAGGACUCUCUGGUGAAAAUUUCCAAGAUUUGCAAUACUAGCCUCCCAGCCCAGAAGUGGAAAUGGGUUUCCCGAAAUCGGCUCUUCAACAUUGGAACCAUGCAGUGCUUGGGGGUCUCCUGGAAAUCUGCAAACACCAGCACAGCAGCCCAUGCACUAGCCACCUAUGAAUGUGACCGAGAAUCUGUCAACAUGCGGUGGAACUGCCGGAGCCUAGGGGACCAGCUUUCCCAAUAUUUGAGCUCUAGGUUGGGGAACUGGUCAGUGCCACCAGCAGAGAGGGGUGAUCAAGCCCGCGGAGGCCAGUGGAAGAUCUAUGGCAGCGAUGAAGAUUUGUGCUCCAGGCCAUACUCUGAAAUUUACACCAUUCAAGGGAAUUCUCAUGGGAAGCCCUGCACCAUUCCUUUCAAGUAUGACAACCAGUGGUUCUAUGAUUGUACAAGCAUGGGUCGUGGAGAUGGUCAUCUCUGGUGUGCCACCAUGCAGGAUUAUGGCAAAGAUGAGAGAUGGGGCUUCUGCCCCAUUAAGAGCAAUGACUGUGAUACUUUCUGGGACAAGGACCAGCUCACCAGCAGUUGCUACCAGUUCAAUUUCCAGUCCACCCUUUCCUGGCAGGAGGCUGGGAAGAGCUGUGAGCAACAAGGGGCCAGCUUGCUAAGCAUCACAGAGAUCCAUGAACAGACCUACAUCAAUGGACUGCUAACAGGAUAUGGGUCCACCCUCUGGAUUGGGCUGAAUGAUUUGGAUCUCAAUGGGGGCUGGCAGUGGUCAGACAACUCACCCUUGAAAUUCCUUAAUUGGGAAAGUGAUCAGCCUGACAAUCCCAAUGAAGAAAACUGUGGGGUGAUCCGGACUGAGUCAUCAGGGGGAUGGCAGAACCGUGACUGCAGCAUCGCUUUGCCCUACAUCUGCAAGAAGAAACCCAAUGCCACCUCUAAUACAUAUUGGGCAGUAGAGCCAGAGGUGAAAGUUGACUGUGAUCCCAGUUGGCAGCCAUUCCAGACUAACUGUUACCGUUUGAUCAGUGAGAAGAAAAGCUGGCUUGAUGCAAAAAAGACCUGUUCACGGAAUGAAGGCGACCUGGUGAGCAUCCAUACGCUCUCUGAACUGGAGUUCGUUACCAAGCAAAUAAAACAAGAUGUUGAAGAACUUUGGAUUGGCCUGAAUGAUCUCAGACUGCAAAUGAACUUUGAGUGGUCAGAUGGUACACCAGUGCUGUUUACGUUCUGGCAUCCUUUUGAACCCAACAAUUUCCGAGACAGCCUAGAAGACUGUGUGACCAUUUGGGGACCAGAAGGGAGAUGGAAUGACAGCCCUUGCAACCAGACAUUGCCUUCUGUCUGUAAGAAGAGGGGUCGUGUGAGUCAAGGCAAAGAAGAGGAGGAUCAUGGUUGCAGAAAGGGUUGGAAAUGGCACAGUCCAUCCUGCUAUUGGCUGGGAGAUGACCAUGUGAUUUACAGUGACGCUCGAAAGACUUGUAUGGACUAUGCAUCAACCUUGGUCACCAUCACCAAUAGGUUUGAACAAGCCUAUGUGAGUAGCUUAAUUUACGGCUGGGAAGAUGAGUAUUUCUGGACAGCACUGCAAGACAUAAAUGAAACUGGUUCCUUCCAUUGGUUGAGCGGGGAUGAAGUUAUGUACACCCAUUGGAACCGCAACCAGCCUGGUUACAACAAAGGCGGCUGUGUUGCCUUGGCCACAGGGAGCACCAUGGGACUUUGGGAAGUGAAGAAUUGCACUACUUUCAAGGCCAAAUACAUCUGCAGGCAGAACCUGGGUACUCCAGUGAAUCCAGACCUUCCUUUGCCACACCCUACCCCAAGCCUUACGGGCUCCUGUCCUGUAGGAUGGGUCAGCAGCCCCAAGCUAAGGCAUUGCUACAAGGUGUUCAACUAUGAGAAGCUACAGGAAAGGAAGAGCUGGAUCAUGGCUCAAUUGUUUUGCCAGGAACUGAAAGCCCAGCUUUUGAGCUUGGGCAGUUAUGAGGAGGAGCAUUUUGUUGCCAACACUCUCAACAAGAUUUUCGGGGAAUCGGAGCCCGAGAUCCAUGAACAGCAUUGGUUCUGGAUUGGUCUCAAUCGCCGAGACCCUGGGGCUAAGAAGAGCUGGCAAUGGAGUGAUGGUCUCGGGUUUUCGUAUCACAACUUUGAUCGCAGUAAUCACGAUGAUGAUGACAUUCGUAACUGUGUGGCACUGGACCUGGCAUCCUUGCAAUGGGUACCUCUUCAGUGUGAGGCACAACUGGACUGGAUCUGCAAAGCACCCAAAGGCACUGAUGUGAAAGAGCCAGAGACAACUAUCCAAGGGAACAAAGAGUGGGUGAAAUAUCAGGAUGCUGAGUACAGGUUCUUUGACCAUCAUUCAACUUGGGUGCAGGCUCAGCGGAUCUGCUCUUGGUUCCAGGCUGAGUUGGUGUCAAUUCACAGCCAAGCUGAGCUGGACUUUUUGGGCCAAAACUUGAAGAAGUUUUCAAGAGGUCAGGAGCAGCAUUGGUGGACUGGACUCAACACUUACGAGAACGACGGACGAUUUCGGUGGUCUGAUGGCUCCCUUUUGAACUUCAUCUCAUGGGCACCAGGGAAACCACGGCCAAUCAGCAAGGAGAGGAAGUGUGUGUAUAUGACAGCUAGCCGAGAGGACUGGGGUGAUCAGAAAUGUCUUACUGCCCUGCCUUACAUCUGCAAGCGUACUAACAAAACCACAGUGUGGCCUUCUGUGCCUCCACUGCCGAUGCCGACUCCUGGUAGCUGUACCCAGGGUUGGCAUACCCUCAGUAAUAAGUGCUUUAGGAUUUACAGCCAAGAGCAGGUGACAUGGCAAGAAGCAAAACGCAAGUGUGAGAUUCAGGGGGGCCUGUUGGCUACCAUCUCCAAUCACCUUGAGCAAGCUUUUAUAACAGCUCUUCUUCCCAAUGUGACCUUUGACUUGUGGAUUGGCCUCCAUGAUGCUAAGAAGGAUUUUGGCUGGGUGGAGUCUGAGCCUGUCAAAUAUGUCAACUGGGCACCUGGUGAGCCAUCCGGAUAUAGAACUUCCUCUGCUAGUGACCACCCGACCAACUGUGCCGUAGUUUGGCAUGGCUUCCCGUCCCUGUUUACUGGCCGCUGGGACGAUAGGAACUGCCUAGAGGAAAAACAUGCCUUCAUUUGUCAGAAGAGCAAAGAUCCCAACCUGAGCCCAUCCCCAGCAACCUUCUCCCCUUCUCCCAACUCCACCCUCUCCUAUCUCAACAGCACUUACCGCUUUCUGAAGAAGCCACUCACAUGGCAGGAAGCUGUGCUCCUCUGUGAGAGUUUGAAUGCAAGCCUGGCCAAUGUGAUGGAGCCAUAUACCCAGGCCUUCCUCACUCAAGCCAUCAGCCCUGUGUGGUCCCCACUCUGGAUUGGCUUGUCCAAUGAAGAGGGUCAACGGAGCUACAUGUGGUUCACAGAGGAGAGUCUGUCUUAUACAAAUUGGCAAGAUGGAGAACCACAGCAAAUUGUGGGGUGCACAUACAUGGACGUGGAUGGGACAUGGAGAACUGCAAGCUGUGACACCAAGCUUCAAGGAGCCAUCUGCAAGAUGAAUACAGGGCCUCUUUCUACACACAAAUGGAGCUACAAUGGGAGCUGCCCUAAGUCUUUGGAGGAUUCCUCCUGGAUCCCCUUCCGGAAUCACUGCUAUGCCUUCCACAUGGAGGUCAUGCUAGCCCAGAAAGAAGCUUUGAAGAGGUGUCAGAAAGUUGGAGGCACAGUUCUGUCCAUCCUUGAUGAAAUGGAGAAUGUCUUCAUUUGGGAGCAUCUCCAAGCCUAUGAGACCCAAUCCAAAGGAGCUUGGCUGGGGAUGGCCUUUAACCCCAAAGGAGGGACACUUGUCUGGCAUGACAACAUGGCUGUGAACUAUUCUAACUGGGGGCAGCAUGACACCGGGCCAAGGAUGCUCAGCCAAAAUAGCUGCUACUGGAUCCAGAGCGACAGUGGAGUGUGGCACCUCGGCUCGUGCUCCAAUAUCACAAUGGGGGUGAUUUGUAAAACAGCCCGAGUUGAAGAAAGCAGCAUCUCCAGAUCAGCUUUCACGGAGAACACGAAGGCCAUUGCUGUUGUCAUCCUCUCCUCCUUAGCACUAUGUGCAUUGGUAGCAAUUGCCAUCUAUCUCUACAAACGCCGUUGGAGCUCAGAGCGAGGGACAUUUGAGAGUGCCCGUUACAGCCGCACCAACUCCAGCCCAAGUGAAACUGCUGAGAAGAACAUCCUGGUGUCUGAUAUGGAGCUGAAUGAACAGCAAGACUAAUGGUGGAACUGGCAAUCAUUGGGGGUGGGGUGGGGAGGGUGAUCAGGGAAGGGCGGGGCAUGAGUACCGAUCAUAUGUGCUAUCUCAAAAGCAAGCCCCUGAGGACAGCAGAGGGCAACAGCUGAAUCUUUGCAUUGGGGGGGGGGAGAGGAUACAGAACCACUAAGGAGAUGUGGAGAAAGGAGAUAAUCUCAUUUGCUAUUCUCUGGGUUUUGGGGGGGUACCAACACAUCAGUAUCCACAUCUCCUUAGAAGCUGAAAGUGCAAAGCAUUGCUUCUUCCUGCUUGUAACAGCAACAUAGGGAAGGGCCUUGCAGAAUUUUCUCACUGCUUUCUUGGCAACAACAUGUCUUUGUUACACUGCAUUUCUUCUUGGAGCUGUGUGGAUUAUUAAAAAGAGUGAAAGGGCCUUGAAUUUCUGUGUAUGGUACUUCAACCUUACUCCUCUGGUGCUGAGAUACCUGAAGAACAUUUACUUCUCCAGUCAUGCCAGUACCAUAGCAACCAAUUCUGCUGUUCAACUCUGUGGCCACCGAGGGCCUUUCUGCAAAAAGAUGGAAGUGGUUUCAUAAGCACUUCCAUAGCUGUAAGUGACAUUUCAAGGACAGAAACAGAUAAUAGGCAUGUGUUUGUGGGCAGGGAAGAUUGGAAUAGAGGUGUUUGUCUCUUUUUUAUAAUAAAUCUGACUAAAUGGGGAGUUUCUUGCAAAUCUCGUAUGAAGCAACACAGUCUCCAAAGAUUUAACCAUCACUAACUACUGCUCUUCAGACAACAGGGGGAGGGGACGUUCACAAAGUGGCUAGAGUAUUGUACAGUGGUGCCUCGCUAGAUUGCCUCGCGGGACAAAAAACCCGCAAGACGAUUGGUUUUGCGAUCACUAUGGUACCUCACAAGAUGCUUUUUUUCUAUGACCGUGCUUCACAAGACUUUGUUUUUGAGACCGAUAGACCGAUGUAUAGGGAACCUCGCAAGAUGAUUUUUUCACAAGAUGACAAUUUUCGCAGAACGAAUAAAAAUCGUCUUGCGAGGCACCACUGUAUAUAGUUGUGUCACUCCUUAUUACAAAACAAACAGUACCAUAGCUACAUUCCACGUAGUCACAGGAACAGUGAUAAUGAGCUCUUGGUACUUGAGGGUUGUCCUCUAGCCUCUUCUAGGAACAAAAUGAUGUGGUUUAUGCAUUUAAAAGAAUGCAUUGUGUUUGCAGCAGCAGCAUUGUCCUGAAAGGUACAGUCCACAAGAAAAGGGAAAUAAAUACACAUUUGGUGCCCAGAAACACAUUGCAGAAAGGCCCUCAGAACAUUUGUAUGUCUGGGUUGGAAAACUGGUAUAUUGGUGCUUUCCUUAAUUUUCAUUUUGUUUGUUAUUCCCUUGCUGGCUGAGAGAUGUAGGUAAUAUGUUUUCUGGUAACUUUCACUGUACAUAAUAUCGAAGUUGUCCUCCUUUUGGGAGGUAUUUUGUGUCUGUGAAUAGAUGCAGUAGAGUCCAGAGAUUGGGCAUGUUCCAGAACCACCCCCCUCUCCAAUAUAUAUUCUGCUUGUAACUUUUUGAAGAAAUGCAGUAAGACAUUAAACUCUUACAGAAUAGCAUACCAUUUUGCUGGGCAACAUAGGUUUGCACACUCAGUGCUAAGAGCCAGGGAGAGAUUGCCAGCCAAGCACAGCAUCCUUUUGUGUAAGAAAGGUGCAACAAAGAUAACCUCCUUUGGUUCAUGUAACUUUGGGUGGCAGCUCUGACAAUGAAAUAGAGAAGGAAUAGCUGUUUUUUGCUACUCAAAUAGUUAUGGGAAUUACUGUGUAAGAAAAAAAAAUCUGGUGAUUUUCACUUAAGCUGGAUAUUAAGUGUUUAUAAUAUGUUUACUUUUGUGCAUUAAUGUUUAGGUGCCUGAAAAAUGACAUGCUAGUCCAUAAGAAUUUCAGACAAUCUUAAGUUUCCCAGUUCCUUUGCUGCUUCUUUGUGACUGCUGCUUGUUUUUUAUAUAUGCUAUUUGACUCAGACCAGUAUCUUCAUGCACACUAAAUUAUGGCUCAUUUGCUCACCUACUAAUUUUGCUCCUUCCAGUUUGAACGAACCCUUAGCCCUGGACUCCUUUCCAUACUACAGCUCUGUCAGAAGGUGGAUAAAGGGGAAAAAUGCCUUUGAAACUAUGCGGUGUGUCUUCACCUCACCAAUGAGGAGCUACCAGGAACCUUCACAUGUCUAAGUGUAAAGGCACACGUUGUAAGACUUAAGCUGGAGUGGUUGCUCAUUUAGAAACAGAGCACUCAUUCUUUGUAACCCUCUCGGGGGGGGGGGAUGACUCUCAUGUGAAAAAGUUAUGGAAAUGGUUUAGGCAUGCAAACUAAACACAAAUGUUCACUAAAAUGGAUAUUCUCUGAAAUUAAAAAUUCAUACCCAAAGAUGCUGGUGUACUGUAAAAGUACUCCUUCAACAUUUUGAUUGGGGAACUUUUGUGGAAACAUCUCCUGCCAAAAAGGUAGGCAGGUGUGGCCAAAGGAUGUUCAGGAAUUAAAUGCAACAGCGGAGUUGAAAGGAUGGAAGGCUGUAAAUUACCAGCCUCUUCGUUCUCCCAGCUGUACAGACCACAAUUGUUCCCUCAGUUGCUUUAUCAAUAAUGACAACACCAUAGUCACCCCUUGGUAGCUUGUGCAAUUUUAUUUACCUCUUCUACUUCUCUUUGGCUUUCUAGGUAAACUAAACACAACUAGACAAUUCUCAGUGAAUAAAGGGGGGGGAGAAAUAGGCACCUUUGUCAUGUAAUUGUUUGCUUGGAAUUACUGGAAAAUGUUUCAAAUAUUUCCUAUCACCAGUAUGAAGAAUGUGAAGGGGGACGGGAAAAGAAACUGGCAACAUAAAAUAAGUUACAAAUGCUUUUUUUUAAAAAAAAUAAGCUUUUUACAUCUUUUAAAUAAAGCUUCACUUCCCAUCAAUUCUC